AUGCCCAGCGCAACUGGGCAAAAUUGGGAGAAGUACCAAAAACAAUAUGCAGACGAUGAGGAGCCAGAGAAGAAGAUAACGCCGCUAUCAGAUGAGGACAUACAAGUUCUGAAAACAUAUGGCGCGGCACCAUACGCAGCAGGUUUGAAGAGAUUAGAAAAGCAGAUCAAAGAGAAACAGACAAGCGUAAACGAGAAGAUAGGCGUCAAGGAAUCAGACACUGGGCUCGCCCCUCCUCAUCUAUGGGACAUACCAGCCGAUCGACAACGAAUGUCCGAAGACCAUCCUCUCCAAGUCGCUCGUUGUACGAAGAUAAUCCAAGAUGAAAAAGACGCCGAAAAAUCUAAAUACGUAAUCAACGUCAAACAAAUUGCCAAAUUCGUCGUGAAACUCGGCGAGCGUGUCUCUCCCACCGACAUCGAAGAAGGCAUGCGCGUCGGCGUCGACCGCAACAAAUAUGAAAUUCUCCUCCCCCUCCCUCCCAAGAUCGACCCUUCCGUAACCAUGAUGACUGUCGAGGACAAACCAGACGUCACCUACUCCGAUGUUGGUGGUUGCAAAGAGCAAAUCGAAAAGAUCCGCGAAGUCGUAGAAAUGCCCUUACUCUCCCCUGAACGCUUUGUCUCUUUGGGCAUCGACCCCCCCAAAGGCGCUCUUCUCUACGGCCCACCCGGCACAGGCAAAACCCUCUGCGCUCGCGCGGUAGCCAAUAGAACAGACGCAACAUUCAUCCGGGUAAUAGGUAGCGAACUAGUGCAGAAAUACGUCGGCGAAGGAGCACGAAUGGUGCGCGAACUCUUCGAGAUGGCUCGAACGAAAAAAGCAUGCAUAAUCUUCUUCGACGAGAUCGACGCCAUAGGCGGCGCGCGGUUCGACGAUGGCGCAGGCGGAGACAACGAGGUGCAGCGGACAAUGUUGGAGCUCAUCACCCAACUCGACGGGUUCGAUUCGCGAGGAAACAUCAAAGUCAUGUUCGCUACCAACCGCCCGUCUACUCUCGACCCGGCAUUGAUGCGACCAGGGCGUAUCGAUCGGAAGAUUGAAUUCGCUCUCCCGGAUCUUGACGGGCGGGCGAAUAUUCUGAGGAUUCAUGCGAAGAGUAUGAGCGUGGAGAGGGACAUUCGAUGGGAGUUGAUCAGCCGGUUGUGUCCCAACAGCACGGGAGCGGAGUUGAGGAGUGUGGCUACGGAGGCAGGCAUGUUUGCUAUCCGGGCGAGACGGAAGGUGGCGACGGAGAAGGACUUCUUGGCGAGUGUGGACAAGGUCAUUAAGGGGCAGCUGAAGUUUAAUAGCACAGCGGCUUAUGCGCAGUAUAAUUGA